AUGUAAUUAUUUCAAACUCCGAAUUCUCCAAAGUCCACCUCUCGCGAUUGCAGAAAACCCUUUAAAAACCUUAGUAAUUAUUCUGAAUUUUAAUAAUCAUCAAAUCAAUUACAAACAAAAAUAAAAUCAUUAGAAUUGAGAGUUAAAAAUAUAAAUAGCAAUCAUGUAAGUGAAAAUAGAUCAACAAACACUUCUAAAACUACUGCAAAUAUAUCCCCUAAAGAAUUUAAAAAAAAUCUCUAUUAUGAAUCCAUUAUAAACAAACUUUAAUAAAAUAUUAAGAAAUUGGACAAUUCUCCAUCUGUAAAUUCCACUACUCAUAAUAAGUAGAGUAUAUUAAGCUGUAAAAUUCCUACUAUUCCAACUUUAAAUGUAAAAAUAUAAAAUUUUACGAAAAAAUUAAGAGAAUUUUAAAUUCACAAAUAAUAAGAUGGUGAUAAAAUUAUGGCUAAAGUUAAAUAAUUUUGUGAUUAACAUUUUAAUGAAUGUUUUGAUUUUUAUAGAUGCACAGAUUUGAUUUCUUUAAAAUAUUUUAUUUACUUAAUCAUAUAAGAAAUAAAUGUCAAUGGUUAAGACACAACAAGAUCAAUAGAUCAUCAAUAUUAAAGAAGUUAAAUUCAAAAUUUAAGAUCUUUAUUAGAAAAUUAAAAAACAGAACAAACAACAAUUUCAAGCUAAUAAAAAUUCAAAAAAGCAAUAACAGAUACAUAAAAUAUAAUUCAAUAAAUAAUCUUAUAAUUGUAAUAGCAACAUAAUUAAAAUAUACUAUCAAACUAAGUUUAGAUUCUCAAAAAUUAAAUUUAAACAUUAAAUGAUGUUAAAUCUUAAUAAUCAUUUAGGUUAUCAUUUGGAGUGAAAACAUCAGGUAAUAUAGAAUAUGAAAAUAAUCCAAAAAUAGCAAAUCAAUCAUUAUCAUCAGCAAAUUUAUCAACAUAAAGAGAAAGAUUUAAAACAUAAAUAAAUUCAAAAUCAAAAUCUCCCUUUCAUUUAGAAACUCCAAAAAAAAACAAAUUAUUAGAAGAAUAAUAAGUAAUAAUAUAAUAAUUAAUAUCAAAAAUACCUGAUUAAAAAUAAUAGGAAAAGUAGAAGAAUAUUAUUGAUGAGUUAGAGUAAGAAAUACUUAUAAAGAACUAAUUAAUUAGGGAUCUUUAAGAUAAAAUUUAGAAUGAGGAUGCUUAUUUAAUAUUAAAUCAAAGAAUUAAGGAAAUAAACAAAAAUCUAGAUAAUGUUAUAGAAUAAAAUUAGAUUUUAAUAAAUGAGAAUGAUUAAAUUAAAUGUUAAUUAGAUUAAUUAAAGAAUAUAGAAGGACAAUAUUAUACACUAUUAUAAGAGAAUAAAAUACAACAAUAAUAAAUCAUCAAUUAAAACUGUUAAUAUGAAAGAUUAAUAUCCUCAAUAGAACUUGAAUGUAAUAAUUAUAGAUAGUAAAUAUUGAAACUUUAGGAAAAUUGUGAGGCUUUAUAAGCAUAAUUAUAAGGGUAGAAAGAACAAAGAAAUAUUAAAUAUGAAUUAUCAGAAUAUAAUAAAAUGAAAGUAUAUAUUCAAACAAAUUUAUUUAGAAAUUCAUAAGAGAUGAAUUUUAAUUCUUAGGAUAGAUGAUUGUAUAAAUUAAUCAAUAGAUUUAAAAAUAGUUAGCAGAUAUUGUACCUAAUUCAAUAAAAUAGUUAUAGAAAGAACUUACAAAAAGAAAAGGUAUGAUUGAAGAAAAAAUAAAAAGUUUUGAUUAAAUGGGGUAUGAAGAUUAUGGAUUAAAUGAUAUAAAAUAAAAUUAGGAAAAUGAGAAUUUGAGGUUGAUGUUAUUGAUGCAAUCUUUAACAAUAGAAAAGAUGAUUGAUUUGUGAAUUGG